GUGACAUUUUAAUGGUGGUGGGAGAUAAUAUCCAAAAACAUUAGUAAAUUUUCUCAAACCGUCGCUUCUAACUAAAGUGUGUAUCGCAGAAUAAGUGGACGAAAUCGAUUUUUUAUAGUGUUUAUGUCUGCAUUAUUGUAAGGUUAUGUCAACCCACGAUUGGGUAAAGUACAAGAUAUGUCAGGAUUGACCACAACAGCACCCUCAUCUGCCGAUGCCUGUCUCAGUAUUGUCCACAGUCUGAUGUGUCACAGACAGGGUGGCGAAAGCGAAGGUUUUGCUAAGCGAGCUAUCGAGUCGCUCGUUAAAAAAUUAAAAGAAAAAAGAGACGAAUUAGAUUCUCUUAUUACAGCCAUCACGACCAGUGGUGCACAUCCCAGCAAAUGUGUCACGAUUCAAAGGACGCUUGACGGACGUUUGCAGGUGGCUGGACGUAAAGGUUUCCCGCAUGUCAUCUACGCGCGGAUUUGGCGAUGGCCCGAUUUGCACAAAAAUGAACUCAAGCACGUCAAGUACUGCCAGUUUGCCUUUGAUUUAAAGUGCGAUUCGGUAUGUGUCAAUCCGUACCACUAUGAACGCGUAGUGUCGCCGGGAAUCGAUCUUUCGGGACUGACUUUGCAGUCGGGUACUUCUCGGUUAGUGAAAGAUGAGUACACAGCCGGACCAGUUCCUGGUGGUAGCAUGGACGUGGAUGGUGAAAUCGGGAUCGGGGUGACGCAGACGAUCCAGCAUCAUCCGCCCCAGCAGAAUUUCACGAUACAAGUACCGGCGACAAGUGAUCAGGGAAUGUAUAAUUCUACAACCAGACCCGGUAUGGGACAUCCAGUACCUAAAAUAGAGGGUGGAGUUGACGCAUGUCCGAGAACAAAUUGGUUGCCGCACAUGCAUUUAUCUCAUCGUGGAAAUAACCCUCCGGUUUCACCCCACUUGCAACAGGAUGGUUUCAGCAAUGCAACCCAUCAAACUCCAACGGCACCCACAAUUAGUGGAAACAACCCUCCUGUAUCCCCGCAUUUACAACAAAACGGUUUCAACAACAACGCUACAACAUCCACGGUUGUUAAUAACACAAACAACCAAAUUAACACCCAGCCGGCAGCUACCAUAGGUCAGUCGUUCACGGGUGCCGGAGGCACCUGGACUGGCUCCAACACCUUAACUUACACCCAGUCCAUGCAGCCUCCGGACAACCGCAGCCACCACACGAGUUACUGGAGUACCAACCAGUGCAACGACGUAAACAUCGCCGGUUUGUUGUCCACUCAACCAGCUCCAGAGUUCUGGUGUUCCGUCGCGUACUUCGAGCUCGACACUCAAGUAGGCGAAACCUUCAAAGUACCCUCGAGUUGUCCCAACGUCACAAUCGACGGAUACGUGGACCCAUCUGGGGGAAACAGAUUCUGUCUUGGUGCGUUAAGUAAUGUGCACCGAACUGACCAAAGUGAGAGGGCGAGAUUGCACAUUGGCAAAGGGGUGCAGUUGGAUUUAAGGGGCGAAGGAGAUGUUUGGUUGCGUUGUUUGAGCGACCACUCUGUGUUCGUCCAGUCUUACUACCUGGAUAGAGAAGCGGGACGGCAACCGGGUGACGCGGUCCACAAGAUUUACCCUUCGGCGUAUAUCAAGGUUUUCGAUUUGAGGCAGUGCCACAGCCAGAUGACGACGCAAGCAGCUACGGCUCAAGCGGCAGCUGCGGCACAAGCGGCAGCAGUGGCUGGACAUAUUCCCGGGCCACAUUCUGUCGGGGGCAUAGCGCCAGCAAUCAGUAAGUCGAGUGUCUUGCGUCUAGUAUUCAUAAACAAAACUCUUUUUAAAGGUCUAUCGGCAGCUACCGGGAUUGGCGUAGACGACCUCAGAAGGCUCUGCAUUUUGAGAUUAAGUUUUGUGAAGGGUUGGGGUCCAGAUUAUCCCAGGCAGUCCAUAAAAGAAACGCCUUGUUGGGUGGAAAUCCACCUUCACAGGGCGUUGCAGCUUCUGGACGAAGUCUUGCACACGAUGCCCAUUGACGGUCCAAGAGGCAUUGAAUAAGUGAAUAUUUAGGUUCAAACUUGAACAUUUUCUACUGAUUUCAAAACUACGUGAUUUGUAUAAUAAUUGUCUAAGAUUCACUUUUAACCAUUUAUAAAUUACUGACUACUUUUUAUUUCAUAAAGAACGCGAUCACAAAAGUGAUUAAAGAAUCGAGGUUUUAUGAAGCAGAGUUUUAAUACUGUAACGUCAAAUACGUUGUUGGCUCUCUACAUACGUAACAAAAUGUUUCAUUUUACGUUCAGGCGGAAACCCACACGUGUACUGCAUUUAGUCAAAAUUUUGAAUAAAUGUGAAUUGAAAUCUGUGUGUUACCGAAUUUGUUUUAUCAAAAUGGGGGGAGUAUGAGGAUGCUUCCAGCUGUCAAAGAGUAGUUCUUCCAAGACUUUCAGUUAACAUUGCUUUAAGUGCCAUGAAACUGUAUGACUUUUGAUUGGAGUGAAGUAGAAAACGUAUAAACAAUUUGACAGUUGACGCAAUUAUUGACUGAAUUUUAUGGUGUAAUACCGGCUUACGUAAAUUGUAGUACCGUAUUAAAUGACAGGUACGGUUUUGUUGUCACAAGUUUGUGGUUAGUGAGUGUUGUAAUUGAAAAGACGACUAAAAUACACAACUUUGACAGUAUUUUCGUUGUUAAUCAACGUAAUUGUUCUUACCCAACCUUAUAAAUAUAUAAGAAUUUUUGUCAUGAAUGAAUAGUGUACUUGUUUUCUAGACUUAUCGUGACUUUAAAAUUUCAAACAAGUUUGUAAGAUGUACAGUUUCUGGUGUGCGUUUGAUUAAACCUGUAAAGGGGGCAAAUUUCUGUAACGUUUUGUUUGUUUUGUUUAUUUUUAACAACUUUGUGUUGAUUGUGUAUGUUGUGCAUGUUUGUCUGCACCAUAAUCCAAAUCAGUGGUGCCACAACGACAAAAAUUCGUUGUGGCGUUAAAUACUUCGAAUCAGUUUUGUGGAAUUGUGUGAGGUUAAGUCCCAUUUAGUGUUAGAGAUUACUUAUUAAUAAAACUAAAUAAACAAUAAAAACGACAUUGUGGCGCUGUUGAAUUGAGGGUGCAAAGACGAAACGUCGCGAAGUCGAGGUGUCAUGAUAAGAGUUGAUGACAAAAUUCAUUCCAAUUCGUUUGUGACACUAUUACGUUGAAAUCAGCAGGAAAGUCGUAAACGAGAUUAUUAAUUUAUUUUGUGAGACACAAUUUAGUAAUUUUUAAUUGGUUGUGUCUAAGGUUUAGUUAUUAAGUUUGUAAUUACGCUUUUACGCGGUAAGUCUGUCGUGCGGAAUUUACACUUUUCUCUACUGGAGUUAGAAAUGGUAGCAUUAGUUUUCAAGCCGUGAGUUAUAAGUGGCAGUCGAUGUACAGGAUGUUUCUUUUUUGUAGGCAACAUAUAACUCGUGAUAAAAGGAUCUCAUUUACUAAGACAAAUAUUUCAAAAUUGUUAGCUGUUCCAUGUAAAGUGAAUUUUAUGGGACCUACGAAAAAUAAAAAUCUUUCGUAAUGAACGCUUUGCUGAAAACUUCGUGGCCUUUGGUAGAGAAACGUGGGAAUUUCGCACCGCCGCCUUCCUGCAUAUUGUUUAUUUCGACAACUUGUUUACUUUUUAUAGUUGUAAGGACAAUUUCUUAUUUUUUAUGUAAAGAUAUAUUUGUAUAUAUUUAAAAAUGAUUGCCUUAAUAAUCGGAAGGACUUUGUCGUAUUUUUUGAUAAGGAUAAAUAGUGUAACGAAAAGUAAAUGUUUUUAAAUAUAAAUUCAUUGGUGGAUAUUUUAUUGUGCCAUCGAUAUUAUUUUGUACAAUGUGGAUGCCAAAUUUCAAAAUAAUUGUACGAGAGAUCCUGGGGGGGUAAAUGCAGAAAUUAGGCUGUGAAAAAUGUAGAAUAGGAUGUAACUCUUUUUAGUUAUUCAGUGCUUGAUAUUAGACUAGAGUUAAUUAUAUGUUAUUAAAAGCACCCAAUGAAUUCCUUUUUUGUAUUCUUUCAAAGAUCUUCGUAAUACGCGGUAAAUUCAGUUUUCAAAUGCAGUGUAUAUGAAGAUGUCUGUUGUGUGUAAUCCAUUGAUAUUAUGUUGUAUAUGAAGUGCAUUGCAAUAGUUUAUAACAUUAUUCCACUUGUAAAUUUUGCAUUAUACACUUUUAUAAUAUGUAAUAAUAUAUUUUCAGUGGUUCAAGGUCGAUUACGACGUUGUGACAGAAAUCAUUGUUCAUGUAAUUAUUAAUGCUACACACAUAAUAUCAUAAUAAAGUUAUUAAAAAGUA